AUGUGUGAGGAAGUGAUGUGUGAGGAAGUGAUGUGUGAGGAAGUGAUGUGUGAGGAAGUGAUGUGUGAGGAAGUGAUGUGUGAGGAAGUGAUGUGUGAGGAAGUGAUGUGUGAGGAAGUGAUGUGUGAGGAAGGGAUGUGUGAGGAAGCGAUGUGUGAGGAAGCGAUGUGUGAGGAAGCGAUGUGUGAGGAAGCGAUGUGUGAGGAAGCGAUGUGUGAGGAAGCGAUGUGUGAGGAAGUGAUGUGUGAGGAAGUGAUGUGUGAGGAAGUGAUGUGUGAGGAAGUGAUGUGUGGUGAAGUGAUGUGUGAGGAAGCGAUGUGUGAGGAAGCGAUGUGUGAGGAAGUGAUGUGUGAGGAAGUGAUGUGUGAGGAAGUUAUGUGUGAGGAAGUGAUGUGUGAGGAAGUGAUGUGUGAGAAAGUGAUGUGUGAGGAAGUGAUGUGUGGUGAAGUGAUGUGUGAGGAAGUGAUGUGUGAGGAAGUUGUGUGA